CUGAUCACAUGUAACCCAUUUGAAACUACACGCUACCAACUUCUCGUUUCCAUUAUCAUUUUUUAUAAAUCCAAUUCUUGUGUUAUUUCUGAUUGUUAUCGAUUGCUUACCUAACUAGAAAUACGUACACUAAAUGUACUUACUGAACCAUUGGGUCACUUGCAGGCUAAACUGAAACUUACUAAAAGCUGGAGUUACACGUGUUGCAGGUUGGAAAUCUCGUGCUUGCACACCUAGUUGCAGUCGUUGAACUACCUCGAUUCCAACGCCGUUUUACUGCUGAUUACCAUCGAUUGAUUGUUGUGAGCCUACUGAAAAACUGGCUCACCUGAUCGUCCUUUUUGAUUUCUACACGCACAUUACUCUGUACUCCGUUCACUACCUAAAUUAAUCUUAAGAUAAACAUAAACCUGUACAUCAUGUCUGCCUCAUGUCGAAUUGUGAUGUAAACGAUGACAGACUUUUGGAAGAAAGUGACAUUACUGUCGACAAGUAUUAUGAUGACCCAGCACCUGUUAUAUACCGUCUGAAUAUCAAAAAACCUUCAAAUUACAGUUUUCUGACGUUCGGAAACUCAUCAUCUCUUUCUAUUUACUCUAGUAGCGGCAACAAUAGGAUUUUCAUUAAGAAGAACGCUCUCCCUUCAGAAGCAUCUCAACGCUCCAAACUUUGCGUCAUUUUAUAAUAUGUACAAAUUACUUGGAAAGUUGAGCAUAUUCGGCUCUUGGUGCAAUGUUUCUUACGUCUUAGAAGGGAACUCACCACUUGGACGUGUAGGUCACUCGGCUCAUGUUUUAUGCUUGGAACAUCAAAACAUUGGCAACCGACCAUUGAUUAUAAUGAUUGGGGGUGCAAAUACUUUGGGAGUAUUUAAUGAAGCCCACAUUCUAGAUAUAAUAUCACUUAAGUGGUACACUGUUGGUUUGGAACAGACAAUUAAUUUUCCAUGUUUGGGAAGGUAUGAACAUAGCAGUGCAAUUCUAAAUAAUCGAGAAUUAUUAAUAUUUGGUGGUGCAACUAAAACUGGUCCUUUAAGUCAACUACUCCGUCUACAAAUCCAUUGUCUAUCAACACCAAAAACCUCAUCUGUCUAUGACGUGGAUGAAAUCACUGCAAGUUUAAAUCAGGAUCAUAGUCAAACAGACAUUCAGCAGUUCAUUUACGAACCUCGUACACAACACUCUUCUGUUUCAUUAACUGAACAUAACCAACUUUUGGUAUUUUCUGGUGGGGAUGUUAGUAGUAAAGCAGUACCAGAUGAUAAAGUGCAUAUGUAUGAUAGUGAAAUAAAUGUAUGGAGUAUUAUACCAGUGGAAGGUUUACCACCAUGUUCACGAUUAGGUCAUUUAAUACUAUACGAAUUGCCUUAUCAAUUAACAAGUUCAAAUUAUGAACGUAUUCCAAAAGGCAAAUUGUAUAUACAUGGUGGCAUGGUUAAUGAAAAACUAUUUGAUGAUAUUUAUGUAUUACAUUUUACUAAUCAAACUGAUGAUAGUUUACGCUUUAAAGGGAUGUGGAGUAAACUAUAUCCGACUGAUAAAUUAUCACCAUUCACUACUGGUCAUGGAAAUGGGGAAAAUGAGUGUGAAUGUUUGAAUUCAGAAGAUAUUGGAUUGACACAAACUACAUCUCCAGGUCCACGCGCUGCUCAUGGUGGAAUAAUUUUGACAAAUAAAAUUUAUGGACAUGAUACCAGUAAAAUAUUAAUAUUUGGCGGAUUGUCAUUAAAUGGAGCUCUGAAUGAUAUGUUUUGUUUCGAUACAAAUACAAGACAAUGGACUGAAAUUAAAUACCAAGAUUCUGUAUCACCGAGUCCACGUUUAGACUUUGCUUAUUGUACAUUUUCAUUAAUCGUUAAGAAGGAUUCAAAGAGUAAUUCUUCAAUGAACAUUAUAUUUAAAGAUAAACAAUAUAACCAUGAUAUUGAUAACGGUGAUAAGGCUAGUGAUGAUAUCAAUGAUAAAGAUGAAUAUUAUCAAGAGUAUUUGUUUAUUCAUGGUGGUAUGGAUACACAUGGUACAGUAUUUGAUGAUGCUUAUAUUAUUCUACUUAGUGAAUAUCAACUUUCUAAUCCAAUGAAUGCUAGAACAAUUUUAGACCAAAGUCCUUCACGAACCAAAUGUUAA